CAAAUUGCUCUGGUUUUUGCUUGGCUGCCUUUGAAACUGCUUCAGAGUGCAAUCGAAUCGAGCUGAGCUCAAGCUGCACGAAGCUUUAAGUUUGGCUCAAAAUUUGCAGCUUGAAGCGUUUUGCUCGAGUAUAAUCUGAGUUGCAUUUUUAUAGCCCGUGCUUGUUCUACUGGAAUUUGAUUAAUCUCGCUUACAUGGUGGUUAUUUUCGGUCAUCAUGGAAGCUAAAUUCUUUCGGUUUCUUAAAAUUGUUGGAGUUGGUUACAAAGCCCGAGCUGAAGCUGAGGGGAGACUCUUAUUUCUGAAACUAGGCUACAGUCAUGAGGUCGAACUUACCGUUCCUCCUGCUGUUCGUGUUUUCUGCUUCAAAAACAAUGUUGUUUGCUGCACCGGACUUGACAAGCAGAGGGUGCAUCAGUUUGCCGCAACGGUUCGAAGUUGCAAGCCUCCAGAAGUUUACAAAGGCAAAGGUAUAAUGUACAUUGACGAAGUUAUCAAGAAGAAACAAGGUAAAAAGUCGAAAUGAUUUGGUGGAAGUGCUCGGUUUUACUUGGGGGAAUUGCAUUGUCUAACUCGGAAACUUAGUUGAAUAUCUGAACAAAAUGUAAGAGGCAUGUUGGAAUCCUUGACAUCUAUGCAACAAUUUUGAGGGGUUUUCAAUAAAUCACUUUGUUUUGGUGUGUUU